GGAUCGCAUUCUGAAUGCUCUUAUCACCUUCCUGUUCUGGUAGUUAUAUGCAGAUCCGCUACUGUGCCGACGAUGUCGCGAUACGCAUCAUGAUGGCACUAUCUGCGAUAUGUUGUUAAAAUUAGCGUCGCAUGAUCUUAUAUAAGUCGUGCAUUAUCUAAGAUGCAACAUUGUCACCCUUCGCCAUGCGCCUCACUACCUUUCUUGGCGCUGCCAUGACAGCAGCUACAGCUUUCGCUCAAUCCAUCAAUGGAACCAACACGACCUACAUAGGUCCUGAGAAUGGUCACUUGGUCAUCGUUGGUGGUAACCUGCAGAGCGACAGUAUCUGGCAACGCAUCAUCGACUUAGCCGGCGGCCCCGAAGCUCCCAUCGUAGUCAUUCCCACAGCAGGCGGCGAGCCAACCUACGAUGCCAAUUUCUCAUCGGCAGUAUCUUUACGCCGUCUCGGCGCCAAGAAUGUCACGGUGCUACACACAUAUGACCCAGCUGUGGCAGACACAGACGAGUUCAUUGCACCGCUACUCGAAGCUAAGGGCGUGUUCUACGGUGGUGGCAGGCAAUGGCGUCUCGUCGAUGCAUACGCAGGCACCAAGACAGAGAAAGCGGUUCAGGCCGUGCUUGAUCAAGGAGGCGUUGUUUCUGGAUCGAGUGCCGGCGCGAGUAUCCAGGGCAGCUUCCUGGCGCGAGGUGACACAGCGAACAAUCAGGUCAUGAUCGGCGACCAUACCGUUGGGUUCGGGUACCUGAAGAAUACGGCGAUUGACCAGCACUUCCUGGUGAGAAACAGGCAGUUUGAUCUCUUUGAUAUUCUGAAAGUGUAUCCUGAGUUGCUGGGAAUUGCGAUUGAUGAGGAUACGGCACUGAUUGUAAGCAAAAAUGAUGCAGAAGUGUUCGGAAGUACUUAUGCUGCUUUCUAUGACGGGGGAUUCUGGUCAAGGGAAGGAAGUGAAUUGAAAAACCUGCCACCACCUGAGUCCAGAUUUUACUUUCUCAAGGCUGGAGAUAAGUAUGAUCUGGGCCUCAGGAAGGUAGUUGAAGCAGAAACGAUUGCAGAACGGAGAGAAUUGUAGGAGGCCGGGGGAAGGCAAGCUUUCAAAAGACUUCACCUGGGUUUUCGCAAGCAGUGCAUGUUAAACAAACAAACAUUUGUCUAAUUGAUGGAGUCUUCG